GGCCUUGACACGGCCUCGGGGAGUUCAGUCGAGGGAGGGACAGAGGAAGGCACCUCAAGUUCUUGUUCUGACCAGAGUCCCAGCACAGGGUGACGGCGCGAUGGCAGAAGGGCUGCCCAAGGAGCAGGUGGACAAGCUCCAUGAGGCCUUCAACAGGCUCGACACCAAUGGGGAUGGCACCAUCUGCGUGCAGGAGUUGGGCAAUGUCAUGCAGUCUCUGGGCCACAAGAUGUCGGAAGAGGAGCUCAAGAAUAUGAUCCACCAGGUGGACAAGGACGGGGACGGCAAAAUCAGCUUCCCCGAGUUCCUGGAAGUGAUGACCAAGAAGCUGUCGGGCCGUGGCAGUGAGGCCGAGAUGCGGGAGGUCUUCCAAGUGUUUGAUAUCAACGGGGACGGCCGCAUCAGUGUGGACGAGCUCCGGCAGGCCAUGGCCAAGCUGGGGGAGACGCUGUCCCAGGAGGAGCUGGAUGCCAUGAUCCGGGAGGCCGAUGUGGACCAGGAUGGGCAGGUCAGCUACGAGGAGUUCAUGAAGAUCCUCUCCCAGAAGUGACCGACCGCCGGGGACUCUGGCCCUUGGGCCCUUGUGGGGGAGGGGAGCCCUGAUCCGGAUGGGCCCCUGCUGGGUGGUGGGUGGCAAAUGCCUCCCCACAGUCUGUCCUGCUGGGAAAGGUCUCUGGAGCCACCCCCACCCCCUUGCAGGGAAGUGGGGGUGUCCCUGUCUCACAUGGCUGUGAGGAGCCCCAAAGCCGUGGGGCUUAGAAAUAAAGGAAUGUGAACUUCCA